AUGCAGAAGCUGAGCGCGCCAUACGACGGCGGAGUCAGCGCUGCAGUGGCACCUGUGUCCAAGGGUGACAAGGACGAUGUGUCCAAGUCCAAGAAUCCCAAGAAGACGUCUAACAUCGGCUGGAUUCUGAACCUCACCAAGGAGGAGAAGCUGCCGCUGGCUGUAGGUGUCACGGGCAUGACCAUUGCCUCGGGUAUGAAUUUGGUGUUCCCACGCAUCAUGGGCAAAGCUAUUGACGUUGCUUCGGGGAAACCCGCGCCCGGUGGCCUCAGCCGCAAAGGUUUUGUGGUAGUGGUACUCGCCACCUUCUUCACCGGCUCCGUAGGAUCGUUCCUGCGCACCUACUCACUCGGAAUGGUGGCUGAGCGCAUCGCUGCCAAGCUAAGGCGCAGAUUGUACAAAGUUCUUCUAUCACAGGAACUGGGGUUCUACAAUAACCGCAAGGUUGGCGAAUUAGUGACCAGACUAAGCGGAGACUGCCAGCAGACGGCCAAUGCAGUGGUGGACGUUUUGUCUAAUGGCUAUAGAUCACUCAAUUCGGCUGUGGGUGCGUCGUGCAUGCUGCUGACUAUUUCGCCCAAGCUUACGUUGGUGUCGUUGACCAUCUUACCACUCGUGGGCACGGGAGCCAUGCUUUUUAGCAAGCUCUCGAGUCGUCUAUCCAAACAGCAUCAGAACUCGGUCGCAGACAUGACGGGAGUUGCAGAGGAGAGACUAAACAACAUAUUCACGGUGAAGCUGUUUUCGGCGGAGCAGGACGAACUGGACCACUUCGAGAAGAUCAACAAGAGCAUUCUGGCCAAUGCCAAACGUGCUAAACGUGCUCGCGGUGUGUUCAUGGGUGGCCUUUCGCUGUCGAUCAACUGCUCACUGUUCUCCGUGCUCUACUUUGGUGGAUCACUGGUGGGCUCGGGUGAGCUGACGAUCGGCACGCUCACGUCGUUCGCGCUGUACAGCGGCUUCAUGGGUCUUGGAUUCUCCGGUGUGUCGUCCUGCUUGAGCGAGAUGAAAAAGACGCGUUUGUCAUCCGAAGCGCUCUUCGACCUGCUGUCGCUGCCGCCUGCUGUGGAUGGCGAAAACACGCUGGCAAGUGUCAAGGGCCAUGUACGCUUCAACAACGUGUCGUUUGCGUACCCGUCACGCCCGGACAUCCUGGUGCUCGACCGUCUGAACAUGGAGAUUAACCCUGGUGAGGUGGUGGCGAUCGUUGGUAAGAGCGGUGCAGGCAAGACCACGAUUGCGUCGCUCAUGUCGAAGAUCAUCAAGCCCACGAGCGGCACAGUGACUCUGGACGGUGUGGAUAUUGCUACGUUGAAGGCGUCGUGGCUGCGUAAACAGAUCGGUGUUGUCAACCAGGAGCCGUCUCUUUUCGCUUCUACUAUCGCUGAGAACAUAAUGUACGGUGCGGAGGUGCACAACAAAAAUCAGCUUAUUGCUGCAGCCAAGGAGGCUCACGCGCACGAGUUCAUCAUGGAGCUGCCUAACCAGUACGACACGUUUGUGGGUGAAAAGGGUGUGGAGCUGUCUGGUGGCCAGAAGCAGCGCAUCGCCAUCGCCCGUGCGCUGUACAAGCAAACGAACGUUUUACUUUUCGACGAGGCCACGAGCUCUCUUGAUGGUCGCAGUGAGGACAUGAUCCGUCGUGCCCUGCAGUCGGCGGCCGAGAACCGGACCGUGUUUAUUAUUGCGCACCGGCUAAACACCAUCAAGCACGCCAAUCGUAUCAUUUUGCUAGAGGAAGGCGUCAUUGCUGAGAGUGGCACCUUCGCGGAGCUGAACCAGGAAGGUACCAAGUUCUACAACCUUGCCCACAACCAAGCUCCCUUGCUAGCGAGCUAA